UGCGUUGAGACUCCUUGUCGAGCUCGCGCUCAUGGCGGCUGCAGGGAGGGCGCGCGCAGUCCUGAAGCGCCUCAGUUUAUGAACGUGAGAAGAAAGAAAAACGCUAAAAAUGUGGCGGGGAUAAACAAAACAACCGUUUUUACAUUUUAAAUAAUGUUUGCAGAGGCCAGUCUGUCCAUCUGGGGAUGGGGGGGUCUGGGAGUCGUCCUCUUCCUCAUCUCAUUUGGACCCUUUGCCAUCUUUUAUCUGGCCUUCUACAUCCUCUGUUUCAUUGGAGGGGGUUUUGUAGUGCUGCUUUUAUUUGGAAAGACAAACUCAGAGAAGCACCUGGAAAGGUGCGAACACUCCUACCUGCCAUCUACACAGCCGGCCAUACUGAAGGUUUCGGAAGAGAUGAAAUCAGAGUCCAAACCCAUCAAGAUCGACCGUCGUCUGACAGGAUCCAAUAUCAUAGAUGAGCCACUGCAGCAGGUCAUCCAGUUUGCUUUGAGGGACUAUAUCCAGUAUUGGUACUACACACUGAGUGAUGAUGAAACGUUCCUCUUGGAGAUCCGUCAGACAGUCCAGAACGCCCUCGUCCAGUUCUCCACCAGGUCUAAAGAGGUGGACUGGCAGCCGUAUUUCACAACCAGACUGGUGGAUGAUUUUGCAACUCAUCUGCGUGUUUUCAGGAAAGCUCAAGAGAGGCUGAAUGAGAGAGAAGAUCCUAAACAACGUGAUGCUCCUGAGGAGCUGCUGGACUCGUUUUUUGAGGCGGAGGUAGAAAUGGAGAGGAAUAUUUGUAGAGACAUGGUGUGCAUGUCACGCAAGGAUGAAGAAGGUUACCUGCGGGAUCUCUGUGAGGUGCUGCUGUACCUGUUACUACCUUCUGGAGAUUUCCACAACAAGAAUAUGAGAUACUUCCUCAGGGAAGUUUUGGCCAGAGGAGUCCUGCUGCCCUUAAUUAACCAGCUCAGUGACCCUGAUUACAUCAAUCAGUUCGUCAUCUGGAUGAUUCGUGACUCAAGCUGUAACUAUGAGGCCUUCUUGAACAUCUUAAAGCUGACGGACAAACCGCCCGAGCUGGAGGCCGUCAAAGACAAAGUCCUAGAGGAGCUUCAGCAUCUCCGAUCUCUGGACACGGGCGCAGACGAUAUCAACAUAAUAAAGAAUCAAAUGAAUAGUUUGCUUUUUGUGAAGAAAGUCUGUGAAACACGAAUACAAAGGCUACAAUCAGGAAAGGAAGUUGACACUUUGAAACUCGCAGCUAAUUUUGGGAAGUUGUGUGUGAUUCCGUUGGAACAUAUCCUAGUGCAUAACAUCGCACUGCAGUUCUUCAUGGACUACAUGCAGCACAUGGGCGGUCAGGCGGUUCUGUUCUUCUGGCUGACGGUGGAGGGUUAUCGGGUCACGGCGCAGCAGCAGUUGGAGGUCUUACAGAGCAGCCAGAGGGAUGGAAAAAAGCAGAGCACCCAGACAACCAAAGGGCUGCUGAGAGCUGCUGCGGUGGGCGUCUAUGACCAGUAUCUGUCUGAGAAGGCCUCUCCAAGGGUGCAGGUGGAUGAAGCGUCUGUUACCAGACUGGCUCAAAAGCUCAGCAAAGAGGAUCCCACGCCUGAGAUAUUUGAUGAGAUCCAGAGAAAGGUGUAUGAUAUGAUGUUGAAGGAUGAACGGUAUUACCCGUCUUUUAGGCAGCACCCGCUGUAUGUGCGGAUGCUGGCCGAGCUGGACAUGCUGAAGGAACCCAGUUUCAGGGGAUCUGAUGACGGGGACGGAGAGUCAUUCAACGGGUCUCCAACAGGAAGCAUUAAUUUAUCAUUAGAUGAUCUCAGCAGCGGGAGCGUGGAUGAGUCUGCUCAGCUUCAUGCCUUUAUCUCUGAUACAGUUGAUGCUUUUCUAAACCAACUUCCUAUGGCAGGCGUUUGUAACGAUCAUGGGAAGACAUACGCCCUUUACACCAUCACCGUCAUACGCAAGAACUCCGACGGCAGUGAGGACAUUUGGAAGACGUACCGUCGCUACAGCGAUUUUCAUGACUUCCACAUGCGCAUCACGGAGCAGUUUGAGAGCCUUGGUCCGAUUCUCAAGCUUCCUGGCAAAAAGACCUUUAACAACAUGGACAGGGAGUUUUUGGAGAAAAGGAAGAAGGACCUGAACUCAUAUUUACAGCUGCUGUUGAAUCCUGAGAUGGUGAAGGCCUGCCCCACGCUGUUGCCCUACGUCUAUGACUUUCUGGAAAACAAAGCGUACAGCAAAGGCAAAGGGGAAUUUGCACGCAAGAUGGACACGUUUGUGAAUCCUCUCCGGAGCUCCAUGCGGAAUGUGUCCAAUGCUGUGAAGUCACUGCCGGACAGCCUGGCCGAGGGAGUGUCCAAAGUCUCGGCGGACGUGGGCCAGGAUUUUAAGAAACUUGGCCAGGAUAUUAAACAAUCCAUAUUUAAGGUGCCUCCUUUACUCCAAAAGUCUGACAUCGAUCCCGAACACUGCCGUGUCUCGGCCCAGCUGGACGACAACGUGGAUGAUAAUAUUCCACUGAGGGUAAUGUUGCUGUUGAUGGACGAAGUGUUUGACCUGAAGGAGAGAAAUCAGUGGCUGCGGAGAAACAUCAAAAACCUCCUACAGCAGCUCAUCAAAGCGACGUACGGAGACACGAUUAACAGGAAAAUCGUGGAUCACGUCGACUACAUGACCUCGCCUGAGCAAGUGUCUGAUUAUGUGAAGAGAUUCAGAGACUCUUACUGGCCGAACGGGAUUCUCGCCGAGACGCCGCCCCGCAGAGACAAAAGCCUCCGCAUGAGGACGCGGGUCGCCGCCAAAACCACACUCCUGGGCAUCAUGCCGGAUGAGUUGAAGCACAUCAUCGGGGCGGAGACCACGCGCAAGGGCAUCCUGCGUGUCUUCGAUAUGUUCCAGCACCAAUCUCUGAACCGGCGGCUGGUCUACGUCUUUCUGGAGGGCUUCCUGGAGACCUUGUUUCCUCAGUACAAGUUCCCCGAGCUCUUUGUAAAGCUCCACUCGCGCUCGCCACGUGUACUAAAAUAUUCACAAAAAAUGCGCAGCUUGCACAAGAGGUGACAGACGGACGAUUCUCCCACCGACGUAGAGGGGGAGGAGCCAGCGGCCGUCGACCUGCCACAGCGGCGCCUGAACGGAGGCGCGCGUGGUUCUCCAGACGGGAUGUUGCGGCGGUAAACGCUUGAACACACGCCUCCCUCUUAGUGCCUCCUGGCUGUUCUCGUUUAAAGCACUGCAUUGACACGGCCGUAGCAUAGAGGAUUCAUUUUGUCAUCGUCCGACACUUCGGUCACCUCUGAACCACUAUGAAAGACUGGGCACUAAGUGAUCGUUCUCUCCGUUUGUGUUUGUUUGGAUGACACUGUGUAGAUAUAUACGAUUUUUGGGGGUUUAUUUUGGGUUUGUUUUGUAUUCGGCAGCGGUCGCCUCAUCGUCAGUACAGUAUGGGGAACGAAAUCUGACCGAACCAACCUAUGCACCUUAACACUCAUCACAAGCAGAACCAUAUGAUAAGGGUCAGCAGCAAUGUAUUAUGAUGUUCAUUUACAUACAUUUUGUGGCACUGAAACUGAAACAGGCGUAACGUUAUCCAGCCAACCAAUCGGUUGCAUGAAGUGGGCAGGGUUUAAAACAGGCCACGCCCCCCAGCCUUUCACUUACAUUUAAUAAAAAAAUGACUUAAAUCGUUAUUUAAAGCCCUCGAACAUAUCAAAGGGGCACAGAGAUGGUGGAAUUCAUAUUUGCAUGGCCGUCUUUGACGUUCGGGUGGCUACGCAUACGGAGAUAUGCUUUAAACGAAUGUACCUGUCUCUAGUGAGCCGAUGUUUGUGUGUGUCCUGUUUUUAUAACUCAAUCCAGUGGAGGCUCGUGUACGUUUGUUUUUAAAAGUACUUUAUUUUAGAAUAGCAAGUGUAGCACUAAACUGCAACUGUCCGAUGCCGAAGACUGUUUGAGUGUGAGAUAUAGAGUCAGCCUUAAAUCCAAGACCAAGAGACGUGUGCUGUAGACGUAGCUUCCCCUCAAACACACACACACACACACACACACACACACACACACACGCACGGUCGCGCCCUCAUGCACACACAUCAAGGCGAUAUUGACAGUCCAACUCAGAGAAUAUGUUAUUCUUUUUUUUGUGCAAUAUGUUUCUUUAAUGCAUGUUAUAUAAUAAUCAUGUAUGGGAUAGUUUUCAAGUAUAUUCGAGUGAAGAAUUUCAGAAGCGAAUCCGAAACCACACGAAACUCUUCGAAACCACCUGAACAUUCCGUUGUUGUAAGUGGCUUGUUUUAAAGGACUUGUUUUAUAAGUCUGGCUUUUAUGUUUGUGUUGGGGAUGUUUUUGUUUUUAAUGUUUCGUCACUCCUGCCGUUUUCUUGACGAUUUGGAUUUUUUGCCGUGUUUUGCUUUUAGGAACGAGUGAAAGCACAUUGUAGACGAACGGAGGCUCAAAACAGAGGUCAUCUGGCAUUAGAGAACACACUUUCUUACUGUUAAACACUCUCCAGUCACACUUAUGAUAUAUCUACACUUUGCAAAAACAUGCACGGGUCAUAUUUAACCCUUAAGUGAAAGUACAUCAAUUAUAUUUUGCAUAAAGAAAAUGAAGCCUUUUUUUUUUUUUUUUUUUAUGACAAUUAAGCACAUUUACUUCCUUAAUUCUCAUUACUGUGAUGAUAAAUAUACACUGCCCGGCCAAAAAAAAAAAAAAAAGUUUUUUUUGUUUUGUUUUUUGCGCAGUGGGUAUUACAAUUAAAAUGAAUUAUUAUAUAGUAAUAUACAUAAAAUAAAUGUAAAAAUAAUAUAAUAAUUAUGUAAACUAUUAAACUAAUACAAAUAAAUUAUUUUUCAUGUUAUGUAAUAAUAAUUCGAUUUUUCAUCAGUUCAAGUCAUGAGAAUUGGAGCAGAAAUUGUCUUGGAAAAGAGCUUUUUUUUACAAAAAUAUAUAAUUUAUUUUGAUUUUGGAGUGAAUAUGACCUGUCUCAGAUUUCAUGAGCUUCAUCCUUAAGACCUGGUUCAGAUCAACAGAAAAUAUACAAGAACUAAUUAUGUGUUUUUUAAAUUAAAAACAGCACUUAAACUCUUUAUUGAACAUUGUUUCAGUUGCUGUGAUUGAUUGGCCAGCAUCACGCAGGUUUACUCUUGCGAUUUGCCUGUUUGUGGUCUUUCUCUACUGUGAUUGGCUGGCACUGAGAAGCUGAACUCUGCUGUGAUUGGUUGCGUCAUACAGGAGCACACUUCCCCUUUAAAUUUACUCAAUGGUUGAUACAAAUGUUUCCGAUUCCUGACUUGAUUUUGUUUUCUGAAUCCCCGUCUGUAUGAAUCUAUGAAAAUGAACUCUGCAUAUUGGUGUAUAGUAUGUGUCAGCGGUGUGCCUAAAUGUACUGUCAAUUAUAUUUUCUUAUUUUUCUUUAACAAAGUAAGUCGAUUUGAAUGUCACGGUCAUUUUAAUAGACUGAAAAGGACUCUAAAAGGAGUAGAGUGUUUGCAUUAUGCUUCUAAAACAUUCAUUUUGAGCAGCUUAACUCAGUAUAACACUAAUAAAAUUAACUCCAACUCAC